CGGGCACUCACUGCUUCUUGAGACUCCACGCGCAGCGCAGAGAGAGAAACAUGCAGCGCCUCGCCUCCUCCCGGAGGCUCCUCCAGGCCGCGCUCGCCCCCCGCCGUGCGCAUUCCAGCCUCUCCGCCGCCGCAGUCGCCGCCGCGCCGGAGAAUGGCGUCGCCGCCCCCAAGAUGCCGCCGUUCGAAUACACGCCGCCGCCGUACGACGGGCCGCGGCUGGCGGAGAUCGCCCGGAAGCGGGCCGAGUUCCUCAGCCCCUCCCUCUUCCACUUCUACGACCGCCCUUUGAACAUAGUCGAUGGAAAGCUGCAGUACCUGUUCGAUGAGGAUGGUCGGCGCUACCUGGAUGCUUUUGGUGGCAUUGCAACCGUUUGUUGUGGGCACUGCCAUCCUGAUGUGAUUGAAGCAAUAGUCAACCAGGCAAAGAAGAUACAACACUCCACGGUUCUCUAUCUGAAUCAUGCGAUUGCAGACUUUGCUGAGGCUUUGGCGUCCAAAAUGCCCGGUGACCUGAAGGUGGUUUUCUUCACAAAUUCUGGUACAGAGGCGAAUGAGCUCGCACUGAUGAUUGCCCGGCUUUACACUGGUAGCCAUGACAUAAUUUCACUUAGGAAUGGAUACCAUGGGAAUGCAGCUGCAACUAUGGGUGCUACGGCUCAAUGCAACUGGAAAUUUAACAUUGUCCAGACGGGAGUGCACCAUGCUCUUAAUCCAGACCCGUAUAGAGGUGCGUUCGGGUCCGAUGGAGAGAAAUAUGCCAAAGAUAUUCAGGAGACCAUUGAUUAUGGGACUACAGGAAGAGUCGCUGGUUUCAUUUCAGAAGCCAUACAGGGAGUUGGUGGAAUUGUUGAAUUGGCACCAGGAUACUUGCCUGCAGCUUACAAAAUGGUUAGGGAAGCUGGUGGCCUCUGCAUUGCUGAUGAAGUUCAGGCGGGAGUUGCAAGGACUGGAAGCCACUUCUGGGGAUUUGAAGGACAAGGUGUCAUCCCAGAUAUAGUUACAAUGGCAAAGGGUAUUGGAAAUGGCAUGCCGAUAGGUGCAGUUGUUACGACGCCUGAGAUUGCGCAGGUGUUAACCCGCAGAAGUUACUUCAACACCUUCGGUGGUAACCCUGUCAGCACCGCUGCCGGCCACGCUGUUCUCAAAGUACUGGAGAAGGAGAAGCUCCAGGAGAAUGCAUUUGUUGUUGGCUCCUACCUGAAGGAACAACUUAACAUUCUGAAAGAAAAACAUGACAUUAUUGGCGAUGUUAGGGGGAGAGGCCUUCUUCUCGGAGUCGAGCUAGUAACCGAUCACCAAAAGAAAACUCCCGCGAAAGCUGAGAUUGGGCAGGUUAUGAACCACAUGAAAGAUAUGGGUGUGCUGGUGGGGAAAGGUGGUUUCUUUGGCAACGUGUUCAGGGUAACACCUCCGUUGUGCUUCACCAAAGAGGACUCCGACUUCUUAAUCGAGGUCAUGGACAUUGCGCUGUCGAAGCUGUGAAGAGGCAGAGCCAAGAUCUUGCACUGCGCAUCCAUGCGUUAGCAUGGGAUCCAUAUCCAUAAAUAAGUGACGAUCUGUGAGACAGCACCUCGUUGUCUCAUGAUUUGUCUCAGCCGUCCUGCGUCUGCAUUUCCUGAACAUUAUUCAGCUUGUUCGUUAUGAGUAGUUACUGUAUGUGACCAAUUAGUUGUUCGUAUUCAGAUGUGUCACAUGUGCCCGCUUCUAUGAUAUCUCAGAUUUCACUUCUCAAAAUCCCAGUGGGGUUUCCUUU